AUGACACUACCAAACAUCACGAUGACCAUGUACGACAUCGACAUGCGCGAGAUUGGAAUCGGAGGAUACGGAAAGGUGUUCUUGGCAAAAGACCGGAUGUUCAAGGACCGCCAGGUGGCCAUCAAGAAGGUGGUCAAAAUCGAUGAAGAGCGAGACUCUGCCUUCAAGAAGGAGGUGACCAUCAUGAAGCUUCUGGAUCAUCCCAACAUCUGCCGCCUCUUCGAGACCUAUGACCAGGGGCGCGUGAUGUACUUCGUGAUCGAGUUCUGCGAGGGCGGGGACCUCUUUGACAGGUUUUCGAAUCACGGUCCACUUCCGGAGACUGUGGUGGCUCCCAUCAUCAAGCAGGUCACCAGCGCGCUGAAGUACGCCCACUCCAAGGGCAUCGCGCACCGCGACCUCAAAUUGGAGAACAUCUGCUUCUGCGAGAACUCUCCAAGCAGUACGCACGUCAAGGUCAUCGACUGGGGGCUUGCCGGCAGUUUUGAGCAGGGAAGGAUGAAGUCCAAUGUUGGCACCUCCACCUACUCUGCGCCGGAGGUCCUAGAUCCCGAGGACGAAGACGACGGCUACACUUGUGCCUGCGACCUCUGGAGUCUUGGUAUCGUCGCCUACAUAGCGCUGUCGGGCAAGCCACCCUUCUGGGGAAGUGCGAAGCAGCAGCUGGCGAGAAUGAAGGCGGAGUAUUACCCUCUCUCUGGAGCGUUCUGGGAUUCCGUGUCCGACACAGCGAAGGAUCUCAUCCGACACUUGCUGAAAGUCGAUGUGCAGGCACGCCUCAGCGCGGAUCAGGUACUGCACCAUCCGUGGCUCGAGCAGCACAAAGUGGAGCCGGACUUUCGACUUCUGACGCAG